UUUUCUUUUCUUUUCGAUUCUUUUCUUUUCUUUUCGUUUCUUUUUUAUUUGAUAAAAAAAAAUAUAAUAUUUCAUACAUAUAUUUAUUUAUUUUCAUUGAUGAUGGCACCAGUAAGACAACGCUCUUUGACACGUUGUGUUCAAUGUCAUUCUUCUUUUCGACCACUGGUAUGGGGUAGAGAAACUGGACAGGGACCAAUGUGUGAUACCUGUGGUGAUAAUCUUGAUCGACUUUCAUCUUCCUCUUUUGGCCGAAAUUACGAUAAUGGUUUGGAUGAAAAAAGCAAACUACAAACAGACACUUUAUUGACUUGUGCCAACUGUCAAACUGCCUGUACACCUUUAUGGCGAAGGGAUGCCAAUGGACAAACAAUAUGCAAUGCCUGUGGAUUGUAUUACAAGUUACAUAACGUGCAUCGACCUGCUACUAUGAAAAAAACAGUAAUCAAACGACGUAAACGACUCUCAGAUGAACAACAAGUCUCCAAGGAAGAACAACGUAUGAAGAAGAAGAAUGAUCUAGUCAUGGUGCGUAUGGAACAACAACAACAACAACAACAACAAUCAUCAUCAUCAUCAUCAUCAUCUGUCAUUUAUAACAAACAUACAUGUAAACCACCUUCAUCAACUACAGCCAUUACUACUACUACUACUACUGCUUCCUCUUCUACUCAUCCAGAUUAUCAGCGUAUCAACAAAGAUUUGGUACCUCCUUUAUUAUCACCUACAUUACAACAACAACCACAAGAUCAUCUCUUAUAUUCAUCAGACAUCAAAAAGUCAAUCAGUAAUAAUGACAAUAACAAGAAGAGGAAACGACAAGAAUUAUCAGAAGAAAUUGCAAGACUGACUCGAUUAUUAUCAGAUAAGGUACAAGAACUGACUGCAUUGGAUCAAGCUGAAGAAGAACAACAAGAUUAUGAUAACGAUGGAUAUCAACAUGGAGAUGAGGAUCGAGUCAUAUCAUCAUCUUCAUCUGUUUCAUCAUCAUCAUCAUCUAUUACACCAACAAACUAUCCAUGUACACCACCUACUCAAGAAAAAGAAGAUCAAGAAGAAAAGGAAAAUAUUGCACAAUCUUUAUUAUCAUUAGCAUCCUCACCUCAAUCUCAUCUUCGUUUACCACCCAUUUCAUCUAUGUCUUCCUCCCUUUCCUCCCCUUCCUCCUCAUUAUUUGUUACUGUAUAGAAUAGAUAUUAUCCGCUCCUUUUUUUUAUUUAUUAUUAUAUCUAGAUAGAUCUUCCUUUUUAUUUUAUGUACCUAGUAUAAUAUAUAUAUAUAGUUUUAAGUGAAACUGUUAUAUGUAGUAGUGUUUAUGAUGAUUCUGACAUUGAAAAUAAAAAAAAUUAUACCAUGCUCUAUAUGAAAAAGUUUGGAAACAGAAAAAAAUCAUCCGUGGAAUGAUACUGGACUUAAUAAUUACCUAAUUUAGAUGUUGUUCCCCUCUCACCAAAUAUCGUAACACAAAAAAAAA